UUCCCCUCUGCUCCUUACCUCUCCCUGAUACUUCACUCACCGCUGCAGAAGCACAAAGGAGAAGCCAUGAGGAACACACUGCUGGGGAUGCUGGGUGCCCUGAUGUGCGUGCUGGCAGCCUGCGCCGCAGUCACGCCUGUACAAGACUUCGACCUGCAGAAGAUGGCAGGCAAGUGGUAUAUUGUUGGCUUUGCCACUAAUGCCCAGUGGUUUGUGACCAAUAAGGCAGGGAUGAAGACAGGCAUUGCCAUGUUAGUGCCAACUGGAGAAGACCUGGACCUCUCCUAUGCCAACCUGAAUGCUGACGGGACCUGCUGGAGAAUGACUCACCUUGCUAAGAAAACCGACACUCCAGGACGCUUCACCUUCCACAGCCAGAUUUGGAACAAUGACAAUGACAUGCAAAUUGUCGACGUUGCGUACGAUGACUACGCUCUGGUCCACACCGUCAAGACAAAGGACGGAGUGUCCGAGGUCCUCAACAAGCUUUACAGUCGCACUCCUGUGGCCAGUGCCGUCCUGCAGCAGAAGUUUACCCAGCUCUCCCUGGAGACUGGCAUCCUCGCUGACAACAUCGCCAUCUUGCCUCAGAAUGCUGAGUGUGCCGAGGUCUGAAGGGUCCCCAGCUUUUUUCCAUCCUUUAUCUCUUGCUGUUGGAAGUCCCCGGCUUUCUUCUCAGAGGAAUCACAGUUUUUCCUCCUCACUGUGAUAUUUGCAUCAUCUCAAACCUGAGACAAUGAAACUUCAGCAUUUUAGUCAUGUCCCUGCUGCAUACCAAAGACCAGUCCUGAUCCUAGUUCAGGGAUCAUUCCCUCCAACUCACGCAUUACCUGUGGCAUCAGAGUGGAACGAAAAAGGGCUGAUGGUGAAACAAAGGGACGGAAUGAAUCACUACGAAUGCAUUUUCUACUGUUUUGUUGAUAUAAAGUCAAAACCAAUACAAAUAAUGAAUGAA